AUGCCCGACGGUGCCGAAAGCCUCAGCCUGCGCGUGGUCGCCUCCCUCAAGGAGGUGCCGGCCGCCGCCUGGGACGCCUGUGCCGGCGACGCCAACCCCUUCGUCAGCCAUGCCUUCCUCUCGGCUCUGGAGGAGUCCGGUUCGGCCACGGCCGAGCGUGGCUGGCUGCCGCAGCACCUGCUGCUGGAGGGGCCCGGCGGCCGGCUGCUGGGCGCCGUGCCGCUCUACCUCAAGGGCCAUUCCUACGGCGAGUACGUUUUCGACUGGGGCUGGGCCGACGCCUACGAGCGGGCCGGCGGGCGCUACUACCCCAAGCUUCAGUCCUCCGUGCCCUUCACGCCGGUGACCGGCCCGCGCCUGCUCAGCCACCCCGAGGCCGAGCGCGCCGGCGUCUGCGAGGCGCUGAUCGGCGGGCUGGCGGAGCUGACCCGGCGGCACGAGGUCUCCUCCCUGCACGUCACCUUUCCCGAGCGCGAGGCCUGGGAGCGGCUGGGCCGGGCGGGCUUCCUGCAACGCCGGGGGCUGCAGUACCACUGGCACAACCGCGGCUACGCCAGCUUCGACGACUUCCUGGCCACCCUGGUCAGCCGCAAACGCAAGGCAAUCAGGAAGGAACGGCGCAAGGUGGCCGAGAGCGGGCUGAAGCUACGCGCCCUGGUCGGCGCCGACAUCGCCGAGCGGCACUGGGACGCCUUCCACCGCUUCUACCUGGACACGGUCGACAAGAAGUGGGCGCGCCCCUACCUGACGCGCGACUUCUUCUUCCUGCUCGGCGAGCGCCUGGCCGAGCGGGUCGUCCUGAUCGUCGCCGAGGACGGCGACGAGGUGGUGGCCGGCGCCCUCAACCUGAUGGGCCGGGACGCGCUCUACGGCCGCAACUGGGGCUGCGCGGCCGACUACCGCUUCCUGCAUUUCGAGGCCUGCUACUACCAGGCCAUCGACUUCGCCAUCGCGCGGGGCCUGCAGCGGGUCGAGGCCGGCGCCCAGGGCGAGCACAAGAUCCAGCGCGGCUACCUGCCGGUCGAGACCUACUCCGCGCACCUGAUCCCCGACCCCGGCUUCCGCGAUGCCGUGGCCGACUUCCUGCGCCGCGAGGGCCGCGCCGUUGAGAGCGAGCUGGCCGCCCUGGCCGACUGGAGCCCCUAUCGGUCGGAGGACGCCUGA